UGGCGGCGCCCGUGGACGAAGAAAUGGACUCGAGCGAUACAAUUAUUUUGGACAAAAAUGAACAUGUUCAGCCUAGAGUUCACAGAUGCAAUUGGCUCUUGGAGCAUCCUAAGUACGUGGAGAUGAAAUCAUGGAAUUUGGAAAAUGAUGAACAGAUAUUCGUCACAUUGGUAGUUUACAUCAAUUUAUGUGAAGCCAAGGACUGGUGGAAUGUAGCCAUUCAUCCAUGUAGAGAACUUCAGCUUGCGUUCAUCACUGGCAAGCCAAGCAGAAAAGAUGACGUCAGGAUUGUCUUACCAAUCACAUCCAACAUCAAGCUAACUCAUGAGAGGUUACAAAAGUUUCUACAGUACAUUCAUCUACCAGAAACCCCUUCUACAACAAUGGACUCUUCUAAAGAACCUGUUGCCGUUUCGGGAGAAACAUCACAUUCAGUCACUUUAGCCAUAACAGAGUCUGGUUCCACAAUUGUAUACUAUAAAAUUACCAAUGGUCUGGUUCCUCCCUCUGACCCUCCAAAGGAAGAUGGAGAUGAUGAAAAAGUGAGUCAGAGGAAGCGACAAAAGAAGACCCCGAAAAAGGGGGGCCCCUCCCCUGCCGGGGUGAAUGAAACUGUCACUGAAUAUGUAAAUGAGGAGGAAGAAGCUUACAGGGAUGAGUUUAUGGAAGAAGAGAUUUAGUUCAUGAGGUGGGGAAAAAAUUAUGCAAAUUUUCAAACAUGAAGAAGAGAAUGCAGAGACAUUAAUGUUUGCAAUGACAGAAAUCUCACUCCUGGAUGAAGAGAAGCAAUUAUGGUGGCAGUGUUGCCAUUUAGGGUGCAGUGAGCAGUCAGGCAUUUAGCCGUACAUCUAACGUCACAUUUUAGAACCUGGCAGUUACCUGCCAGAUAUACUUUUGACCUUGCAUGCUUUUACAGCUUGAAACCCUGAAGACAGAGGACAACUUUAUCUGGCACCCUGCCAAGUUAAAGGAACACGUUGCCUUGGGUCGGACAAGUUGGUCUAUAAAAAGCGUUUUUAACCAAUU